UUCCCAUUUCCUAUUUCAAAUUCCUCCCUUCUCUCUCUGUUCCAUAUCUUCAAACUCCUUCCCAUUUCCUAUAUUUACACCUCUUUGAACUCAAAUUCCUCCCUUCUCUCUCUGUUCCAUAUCUUCGAACUCCUUCCCAUUUCCUAUAUUCACACCUCUUUGAACUCAAAUUCCUCCAUUCUUUCCAUCACUACCAAAAACAGAAAACAUGGUUGAUUCACUGGUCUCGCUUGCCAUAGAAAAAUUGGCCAAAGUUCUUGAAGAUAAGGUGGUUUCGUUGGUGGAUGUCACCAACGAGAUCAAAAAGCUUUCCAGCACGUUCAAGUUCCUCCAAGCAGUACUUAAAGAUGCUGAAACUCGGCGAGUGAAGGACGAAGCUGUGAAGGAGUGGUUGGAGAAUCUCAAAGAUGUGGCCUACGAUGUGGAUGACAUACUAGAUGAAUGGAUGACGGAAGCUCCCAAAUCACAAGCACCUGAUGAAGAUGGUGUGUCCUGUUUCAGUAAGAAGAAGGUAACAAGCUUCCUGUUGCCUGUUAACUGCUUCAAUCAUGUCGUGUUACGCUGCAAAAUUGGGAGUAGGAUAAAGGAGGUGAGGGGUAGAUUAGAUGAUAUCAAAAAAGAGGUGAAACUAUUGCAUCUUAGUGGAGAUAGAGGGGAGAGGGAGAGAGUGGAGAGUGAAGUGAGGUGGGGAGAGCGAGAGACAGGCUCCCUAGUCGACCAACUGUCAGUUGUUGGCAGAGAAGGUGACAAAAAUGAAGUCCUGCACUUGUUGCUGAGGGAGAGUAGUGGAGAGGUGAAUGAGGUGCCCUUCGUCGUCAUUUCUAUCGUUGGAAUGGGGGGGUUGGGGAAGACCACCCUUGCUCAACUCGCCUAUAACGAUGAGAAAGUCAAGGGGUAUUUUGAGAUGAGAAUGUGGGUAUGCGUUUCUGAAGAUUUCAAUGUGAAACAGAUUACAGAAUCAAUUAUAAAAUCUGCAGACACUAAGUUUGAGGGUAAAAACUUAAACUUGGACCAAUUGCAACUUCAUCUCCGUGAAAUGUUGCAUGGAAAAAGAUUCUUGAUUGUGCUUGAUGACAUUUGGUGUGAAGCUAGUGAGAAGUGGGACAAACUUAAACUUCCCUUCCAAGCUGGUGCAUCAGGGAGUCGAAUACUCAUAACUACUCGUAAUGAAAACGUUGCAUUAGCUAUGGGAAGGGCUCACGAACACAAGCUAGCUGUCUUAUCUCAUGAUGAUUGCUGGUUAAUGUUCCGGCGCAGAGUACUCGAGCAUCGGAGUGCAGAAGAGCUUUCGGAGUUGGAAGAUAUUGGAAGGGAAAUUGUAAACAAGUGUGGAGGGCUCCCUCUCGCAGCGAAGACAAUAGGGAGUGCCAUGUGCUCGAGAAGAACGAGAAGGGUGUGGGAUCUUGUCUUGGAAAGCGACAUAUGGAAUUCACGUGAUGUCUUACAAGGCGUUUUACCAGCUUUGUUACUCAGCUACCAUGACUUGCCUCCUGCUUUGAAGCAAUGCUUCGCAUAUUUCUCCGUCUUCCCAAAAGAUUGGAAGAUAGAGAAGGAUGUGACAGUGAAGUUAUGGGUGGCACAAGGUUUCAUCCGCUCCGACAGAAGUACAGAUAUGGAAGAAAUUGGUGGGCUGUAUUUUGACGAUUUACUAAGACGCUCGUUGCUUCAAGAUGCAGAACUGGACGAUGACAAGAACAUAGUCAAGUGCAAGAUGCAUGAUUUAGUUCAUGAUCUUGCAAAAUCCGUUGCAGGAAGUGAAUGUUCACUGGUGGAUAUCAGAGAACAAGCCUCGCUGAACCCAAGCAAUCUCCGCCAUUCUUUUUUAUAUGGCAGUUUUGUAGUUUGGCCCACCUUGUAUAAGGCUAACAAGUUGCGGACGUUGCUAUGCGACUCAAGAAUCUACAUGCCUAGGGUGCCGAACAAUUUAUUUAAUCAUUUCAGACACCUUAGGGCAUUGGACUUGAGUCACACUAGCAUUCAGAAAUUGCCUGGAACAGUAGGAAAAUUGAAGCAGUUGAGAUAUCUUGAUUUAUCUCACACAGGUAUAGAGGAGUUGCCGGAGGGGUUGAGUAAUUGUGGAAAUUUACAGACCUUGAUACUCAAUGGGUGUGUGCAGCUAAAAAAACUUCCGAAAGGGUUGGGAAAAAUGAUUAACCUGCGACAUCUAGGAUUAGAAGGCACUGACGAGCUGAAGUACUUACCGCAGGGCAUAGGGAGGCUAAGUAGCCUUCGGACGAUAACAAAGUUGAUAGUGGAGGGUGGCAUCGAAGGAUGUAAAUGGGGAGAAGUGAAACAACUGAUCAAUCAUCUUCAUCUUCAAGGAAGACUCGAAAUUAUUGGGUUGGAAAAAGUCAAGAGCAGGGAGGAAGCAAGGGAGGCAGAAGUGUAUAAGAAGCAGAAGCUUUAUGCUCUAUCCUAUGAAUACAGAGGUGAUGAAGCGUUGGAUGAUGAUGCGGUGAAGAGAAUGGAGGACGUGCUUGAAAUCCUGCAGCCCCACACAAACUUGAAAAAGUUGAAUAUACACGGAUACAGAGGUUGGAAGCUUCCCAAGUGGAUAGAGGAUCCAGUGUUCUCCAAUCUAGUCGAAGUGAUGCUCUUCUCUUGUGACAAGUGUAAACAAUUGCCAGGUCUUGGGAAACUACCUUCCCUUAAAUACCUUGAUAUUUGGGGAAUGGAAGAGGUGAGAAAGGUGGGUGGUGAGUUUAGUUGGGAUGAUAAUAAUGAUGGAAGUGGUGGUGUCGUGUCAUUCCCAAAGCUCCAGACCCUCUUCUUCCAAAACAUGUCAAACUGGGAGGAGUGGGAAUUGAUUGGAGAUGGAGAGGUUAUGCCAUCACUCCUCGAAUUACAAAUACAAGAAUGUCCAAAGCUGAAGGAGUUGCCCAGUAAUCUUCCACCGCUCCUACAGAAGCUGAGUUUAAGAAUAGGAAAUGACGGGUUGCCAUCGGGUGGGCCCUUACCCAUCCUCCCCAACCUUAACCAUUUGGAGGUUUAUGGAAGUGAUGAGCUGACAUCGUUCCCUUGUGGUUGGUUGCGGCAACUCAGAGCCCUCCAAACUAUGGAGAUCUGGUGUUGUUCUAAUUUAGGGUCCCUACCGGAGGAGUUUCAACACCUCACCAUGCUUCAAAGAUUAAGGAUAUGGACGUGUCCACUCUUAAAAGAGCGCUACGGAGGACGAGGAGAAGAUCGGGACAAGAUUGCCCGCAUCCCCAAUAUCAUCUUUUAUUGA